AUGGAGAUCAAAGCAACCGACGACGCACCCUUGACCAAGUCUGCGGUUGUGACCGCAUGGCAGUUUGUGGCUGCCCAUCCAUUCGUGAUCCUCUUCCUGCUCCUGUUCGUGCGCCCUCUAUGGAGACGCUACUCCUCACCUUUGCGACAAUUCCCGGGGCCGUUCAUCGCCUCUUGCACAAGAGCAUGGAAAGUCUGGAGUACUUGGUCAGGUCAUACCGAGCAACAUCACAUUGCGCUUCACAAGAAAUACGGCCCAGUCGUCCGCAUUGCGCCAAAUGAGGUGUCAUUUUCGAACCCAGAAGCUGCAAUUGAACUGUUCAAGACGGGCAAGGGAUUCCACAAAACAGACUUCUAUGGAGUGUUUCCGCCUCCAGAGAACCCCGAUAUCUUCACUGAGACUCGAGAAUCCGUGCACGGCAUCAAGAAGCGAUACGCGGCUACUCCUUACAGCUUAGCCUCAAUGCAGCAAUGCACCCCGCGAAUUGAGGAGACCGAAAAGCUCCUGAUCUCCAAGUUGGACGAGUACGCCGACAAUAACAAGAUCUGCGAUUUUGGUGACUGGCUUCAUUUCUUUGCGUUCGAUGUGCUGGGCGAAGUCGCAUUCUCCAAGAAAUUCGGCUUUCUCGAGGCGGGUGUCGAUGUCGACCGCGCCAUCAAGACGAUCGAUAAUUCUCAAUGGUACAACGGCAUCGUGGGCCAGGUCCCGUGGCUCGACUACCUCUUCCGACGAAACCCACUCUGGAACCUUAUUCCAUUCAUGUCCAGCAAAAAUGCCCUGAUCACCAAGACAGCAUUAGGACAACUUCAAAAGCGCCAGACUCCGGAUGGAGAGAAGGUCGAGUAUAAGGACCUUCUCAAUAGCUUGAUCGUGGCGCAGAAAGAACACCCUGAAGCUCUUGGUCCUGGAGACGUCUUUGCAAUUGCACAUGGCGCCAUUUUUGCGGGUAGCGACUCCACUGCCAGCACGAUGCAAAGCUUCUUCUGGUAUGUCUUGUCCAACAAGAAAAUUUACGACAAGCUGGUCGCAGAGAUCCAGUCCGCCAAUCUGUCCGAGAUGGUCCAGUACAAUGAGGCGCAGAAUCUGCCCUAUUUCCAGGCCUGUCUGAAAGAAGCCAUGAGAAUUGCGCCUGCUGUCGGCUUGAACAUCACGAGGAAGGUCCCUGCUGGCGGCGCCGAGAUUGAUGGUGUCAGGUUACCUGAGGGAACCGCCGUCGCUGUGAACGGAUGGGUCUUGCACAGGAACACGAGUAUCUUUGGUGAUGAUGCCGAGAUAUACCGACCCGAGAGAUGGCUCGAUAGUGACAAAGAGAAGGUAAAGAUGAUGGAACGAUGCAUGUUCCAGUUUGGCGGCGGUUCGCACGUGUGCAUCGGACGACAUCUUGCUUUGCUUGAGAUGAACAAGGUCAUCCCGGAACUCCUUCGACGGUAUGACAUUCAGCUUGUCAACCCGGGAAAGAAGCUUGAACACCACUCCAGCUUUUUCGUGGUGCAGUGGGGGUUGUUGACUUAUAUGCGGCUGCGAGAGAAGUCAUGA